CGCCCUGGUUUUUAAUUCCUGCUUCAGUUUGGGGGAGUUGAUUUCGGUAACGCCUGGGAUCAUCCUGCCUUCAUCCAUAUAUACUGAUGCAAUUGCGAUGCAAGAAGAAUAAUUUUUAUUCAAAACAUACCAAAAAAUCAUGAAAGAAAAUCACAGAUCCAGUAAAAGAAGGGAAUCGCUUCAGACUCUUGCAAACAGCAAUGGGUUAAUCAACAAUACGAAUUUAGAUAUUACAGAAAAAAUACUUUUGCAUAUACCUAUCGAGUUCUUCUCCAGGAGUAGAGCAGUGUGCAAGCUUUGGAGGAAACUGCUGCAAAAACCAAAGCCAGGUUUCCUUUUUGCAGUUUGCAAAAGCGCAAGGCGUUGCCAAGAAAUCCAGCUUUUUCAAGGAUAUAGCGAUGAGGUAAGUAUUGAUAAUGAUGAACCAAUUUCUUAUAAGACACUUGCAAAAAUAGAUCUUGGUUUAGGCACAUCCAGAAACAUUCCUGUUAAGCUGAUUAGAAACAAACCUCAUAAUCCUGUUAUAUUUGGUUCUUGCAAUGGUUUAGUUUGCCUCCCUGUUCGAAAAGAUGAUGCGCAGUGUCUUGUGUACAUAUGCAAUCCAAUGACAGGAGAAUAUGUUUAUCUUCCUGAGAUGGAUUUUGGUGAAAUAUCAAGACCUGAGGUUUUUGGUGGGUUUGGUUAUUGCCAGUCCACCAAUGAGUACAAGGUUGUUCAAGUUGCUUACCAGUACAACCGAUUCAACGAGUCCGGAAGUUUUCAGGUAUACGCCCUUGGUGAUGGCAGUGGGUGGAGAAACAAAGGAGAAAUACGUUACACUAAACAAGAAAGAAUGGUCUAUGCAAACGACGCACUUUAUUGGACGGAGCGUAUUGGAGAUUAUUGGUAUAUCAAUGUAUUUGAUUUAGCAGGUGAGAUGUUUAGUACCAUCCCAAUGCCGCCGUGUAAUGACGUUAACCGUGGCUACAAACGUUUGGUCUCCUUGAAUGGUUGUUUGUGUCUAUGUCAUGUUACAGUUGAAAAGUGUGUAAAAGAUGAGGACGAUCCUUUCAUGCGCAAGGAAGAUAAGCGUUUGGUUAUGUGGAUGUUAAAAAAAGAGCAGCAUAAGAAGAGUGAGAAUGUUGGGUACUUCCCGGUGGACGAGAAUGAUGACUCGAACCUUUGGGUUUGGAUCAAGGAGUUCAGUAUGGCCUACAAAGGUGAGUUCAAUGAAUCUAUGGAUUAUGAACCAUUUGCAGUAACUGAUAACAACCAUGUUUUGAUGUGGGAGGAUUGGGAUUUGCGAGACUGUAAAGUACCCAUUCUUUAUGACCCUGACACUGAAAAUGUAAUUCAACUCUGGAAUGAAGAUUGGAGAUAUGCUCAAGCAAUUCCUCACAUGAAUAGCUUUGUUUCGUUGGAAGAUCUCGGGGAGAAGUCUGCGAGUACAAGUUGGUGAUCUUUUUUGAUGGCAAGCUGCAUUUUCUUUGUACCUCUCGUUUGCAUAAUGUCAGCUUCGGCUUCUAGGAUUUGGAGGGAAGCUUAGGGCCGGAUGAAUCUUGCUUAUUGUAGCUUUAAAACAUAAUUUACUCGGCCAAACUACUUUGAGAUCCUAUACACCCCAUUUGGGAGACAAGUCUAUGCAGCUAGCAGUUGUGUUUUGAGCAAUCA